UCUGUAGCACGCCACCAUCCCUCAUUGGAUGACAUGGGCGGCAUCUGAAUGCUCUAGUCCUGAUGGGCACUAGAGCAAGCGAGAUACAACCCAUACCCAAAUCASAGUGUGGGCAACGGGUGAGCUGAGACUGAGUGUAGCUUACCCCGUCCACCAUUUAAUACAAAAUAUAUCGGGUAUUUGUACUUUUCCAUCCRAUGGAUGCAGCAGUGAUGAACCCCCAGAUAAUGACGGAURUCAACGGCAACAGCAAUGCCGCGAACGCCGAACUGGAGGUGAAAAAGCUCCAAGAGCUGGUUCGGAAAUUGGAGCGGCAAAAUGAGCAAUUGAGGACGCGGGCGAACGGCUGCACUGGCAGCCCCCACAUUCUACCUCCCUCYCCGGCCUACAUGGCCGGGAGCUACUGCAUACCUAGUCCGUUACCGACGCUACUGUGCCAGUCUUCCUUGGAGUCAUUUUUCCCGUUGGACGAACCGUUCGAAUAUUUACAUUCACAUUAUGUUGAUACUGCUCUCGAGACGGAGGCUGAUUAUAUGGAACUUACGGUUCUGGAUGAGGUGGACAUUCUGGACCUAGAUGUUGUAUUCUCUAAUGAAGACUCUGAAGCUACCUGGCUGUAUGUGUCAGCCAAGGCCCGGCUGUGGGGGGAGAGCCCUGUUACCCCCCUCCAGUGGAGCAGACAGGUCCUGGACAGCCCCAGAACAGAGGUGGAGUCUGCCCGCUCACUGUGCCUCAGGUUGGACCAAGUCCAUAGGUGGCGGGGGGUCUUCUCCAGCCACUCUUCCCCUGCCCUCCCCCUGAGACGUGUAGCUGGAGUGUCCCCCCUCAGUGCCUCGUUCUCCAGGUCCUGCUCCACCCCUCCACCCGCUGACAGACCUGCCUCAUUCUCCUCACCCCUCCAUCCUCUCCUCCACCUGUCCCUGACUCCUGUAGGGAAGGCUGAGAGAAUUCCCACAUUCCUCCCAGCCAAUCACUCAGCUAAUCGCAGCCGCAGCCUCCGGCGGUUCCUCCUCAGCCCCCAGUCUUCCAUGGACAGUGAGCUCAGUGCCUCAGAGCUGGAGGAUGACUCUAUCACGCAGGGAUACAAGCUACAGGACCUUGUUGACGUCCAGGUCAUGGCUCGUCUGCAGGAGGACAGUCUUCGUCAGGACUACGCCACCACCCCCACCUCCAUCAAUCGCCGCAGCGCCAGCUUCUCCUUCCUCUCCCUUCAGCACAGCGGCGAGGCCGACCUGGAGGAGGAAGAGGAUGAGGAAGAGUACGGCCAGCUACCUCCUCCCCAGCCCCGUCUGACCCGUGUGGGACCCACCCUGCAGCGCGGACUCUCCCACUCCCACACCUUUUCCAGCAUACGGGACUGGAGGAGGAGCACAACCAGCCUCUCCAGCCCCUCCACCCCUCAGUACCCCUCUGGAGGAUUCUCCUAUCAGCCCCCACCCCAACCCCAGGCCCUGGCCAGCCCCACACUCAGCACCUACACACCCGAACAACAGGGCUUCAGGCCUGGAUCAGAUAAGCUGCGGAGGAGCAUGCCCAACCUGUUCAGGGCUCCCAGUGUGCCUAGCCCACUGAGCCCAGCCAAUCACAUCGGCUCUCCUUCCACCCUUCGGAACAGUCUGAGCUUCGACUCGUCCAAUGGGCUGGCCAGCAGGCUACAGUCCUCCAUCCCUUCACCCGGUCAGUUGCAGAACAGAGUCCAGAGUGUGGGGAACUUCCAGUCAUUGUCGCGGCAACCCCUCAAAGCCACAGCCUACGUCAGCCCCACUGUGAAAGGGCCAGUUACCAUGCCAACCUCCACCAGUCUGCAGUCCCUGAGCGGCAUCAGUGGGAUCCCCCUCUCCAGUAAACCAGCCGUGGGGGUUGGGGGCACUCCUACACCACCCCGGAGCAGCCUGCCCCGCCCCGCCUCCUUUAUUGGGACCAGCUCCACCCCUCGAAGCAAGAUCGCCCAAACCACACGCAGUUUAUUGACGCCUCCUAAGAGCUUGUCCAGCCUGAGUGCCCUACGAGACGGGAGCUGGAGAGAUGGCUGCUACUGAGAGAGGGAUGAAUGGAGAGAUAGGAUCCAGAGAAGAAGAGCUGGCAAUGUAGAGAGACCCUGCUGGUUGGGGUCACUCACUGCCACACAAAGUGUUCUUKGGGAAUUGAGAAGGCAGGUCAACCAAACUAUAGGGAAUAACAACCUUGUGUAGAACGCCCUCAUGAUUGGGUAUGUGAGGUGUSGUCAGCACUCAAAGUCAAACAUGCAUUCUCCACCUGUCCAAUUUGGUCUGUGCCAAGGGGAAUCGCCCUGUUGAUAUUUUUAUGCACUAACAAGUUUUAACCACGUUAUGGUUACAUUAACAUACUAAAGAAAGAGCUGCCACUUUAUGCUAAUUAAGCCACAUAAUUCGUUUUUUUWWACUUUGGAACUCUGAUUAAUAAAAGGUGUAUUUUCUCUUAAUGGAGAGCACCAAAUAUGCUGCUAAAAAAAGUCUAAAUCACUCCCUAUUGUCUGGGUGUAUUUGGUCWAAUUUUUACAUGGCAAGGUAUAUUUAAAAUAAAUCUUAUAUUAUUUAUUAUCUUAUGAUUAGUGUAGAGACUAAAGUUAACUUUCAGUGUGCAUUGUUGGGAUGCUGAUCGUAUUGAUGCAAUAUUCUUCAUGAUUUUUAAAUUUUUUAUGUGAAGCAUAUUAACCAAAUUAAAGCUAACGUCUUAAUCUGUUUACAAAAURUCUCACCAAGACAGGGAAAUGACUUCAAGUUGUGUUUUGGACACUUUUUAAACUAUAAAGAUUCACUGGUAUAUCUAUGAAAUAUUUGUAAUUGUUGCACUGAUUGUACAAGUGUGAAUUGAAAUGUAAUUGUUUUUGUUCAUUUUAUUUGUGAUAUUGCACUUUUAUGGUUAAUUAUAAUUUUGUUGAUGAAGAGCACAGGGUAGAUGUUUUGUCUUUUGGGAUGAAGGAUUACUUUUUAAAGAUCACUUAUGUAGCAUUCUCUGUCUGUUUAAUAAUUUUUUCAGUAUUUCAAAAAAGCAGGUUAGUCUUCAUGGCACAACUCACCAUCUCUUUCUCCAAAACAUUUUUUUUACUGUAUUGAAUGAGUGUAGUUUUAAAAACUAAAAUUAAAGAUUUUCAAAUUAUAAAAAAAAAUAUUAUUUCAACCUGAUUUUCAAUUUAUGUCUCUAUAGUUAGUAGGUUACUGGUUAUUUUCACAAGUGAAGUUCUUACAAUUUCGCUAAAUUUGUCAGAUUGAUUGUAAUUCAGUUUCCGUAUCAAAGGACAUGUAACGCUUUCUGUUUUAAGCCUAUCCCAAAUCUUAACCCUUACCUUAACCAUUCACCGUUAAUGCCUAACCUAAAAAAAUGCGGAGUUAAUGUCUAAACAAACUUACACUAAGAAAUGUGACGUUUGAGUGACGUGGAAUUCUGGUGUGAGACUGUGAGCUCUAGUUUCAGCAUUACUAGAGUAGCCUACAUCGGAUAGAGUAUUCUAUUUUGUUUUGUCAGUUCGCAAUAUUUUAACAGUCAAAGCCACAGGCAGACAUAUACCGUAUCUGUAGGCCUACUGUGCAUAACAUGUUCAAGGUUUUAAUAAAAAUAUCGUUCCCAUACCGGGAGUCGAACCCGGGCCGCCUGGGUGAAAACCAGGAAUCCUAACCGCUAGACCAUAUGGGAGGUUGGAAAACGUAAUAGUAAGUUAACAGUGAAAUGCACAAGUAAGCCUAUUGGUAUUGUAGAAUGGUGUUUCUGAGCCCUCGAGUACCCCCAACAGUACACUUUUCAUUGUAGCCCUGGACAAACACCUCAUUCAGGGUUUGGU